AACAAACGCAUGCGCCGCAGGAAGUUCGCCAUCGACACUUGUUUCAGCUGUUUUGUUUUGCGAUUUUUAUGAAGUUUGUGACAAACUACGGUGAAUAUUCACCUGCCGUUCUUUAUCAAUGUGUUUAAACUGACGAUACAUCAGUAAUGGCUUGUCUGAACAAGCUUAAGCAAGAGAUAAAGGCAUUAGAAACAAGUUUUCCACCUACACAUGAACGAUUCCAGGUGAUCUCGGCAACAGUAGACGAGCUGACAUGUCGUUUCAUAGGCAGCGGUGGAGAAAAAUAUGUUAUUCACGCAAACAUUACAGAAACAUAUCCAGAGACACCACCGAUUUGGUUUGCAGAGAAAGAUGAUGCGGGCAUUACUGCAGUGAUAGAGAGACUAACAGAAACAGACACUGAGCAUAAUCACUUGGUUCAUCAAGUUCGAUUGUUUAUAAGUGACCUGUGUGAACUUCACAAUCUGCAAGUGCCUGCAGAAGUAAGCUUGCUUGACAAGCAUCACAUGUCGAACUGCCCGAAUGAGCGAGGCGAUGCGAUGGAGAUGGAGAGUGAAGUGGAAGAGGAGGAUGUGGAAGACAAUGAUAUGGAGGAAGAUUUUCAUUAUGAAAUGGAGGAACCAGACACCACAGAUAAGAAAGCGAAGGCAGAUGAGGCAGAUAUAGACAAGCAAGACAAUGAGUUGCUGGAGAGGCUCAAAGCCAACCAACGGCAAGGUUACCUUCAGGGAACAGUGUGUGGGUCUGUGCAGGCAACAGACAGGCUGAUGAAGGAGUUAAAACACAUUUACAAAUCUGAUAGCUAUAAGAAAGGUUUAUACUCUGUAGAUUUAGUGAACGAGAGCCUCUACGAGUGGAACAUUAAACUUAUGAGUGUGGAUCAAGAUAGCCCACUCUACAGUGACAUCACCACGAUGAAAGAGAAGGAAGGCAAGGAUCAUAUUCUGCUCAAUAUGACGUUUAAGGAGACCUUUCCGUUUGAGCCACCGUUCGUGCGAGUAGUCAGUCCGAUGUUGUCUGGCGGCUACGUUCUCGGUGGAGGAGCCAUCUGCAUGGAGCUCCUGACUAAGCAGGGCUGGAGCAGUGCCUAUUCCGUGGAGGCAGUCGUGAUGCAGAUAUGUGCGACACUAGUGAAGGGGAAAGCUCGCAUCCAGUUUGGAGCAGCGAAGGUGGGACAGUACACGUUGGCUCGUGCUCAGCAGUCAUUUCGGUCAUUGGUGCAGAUCCAUGAGAAAAAUGGAUGGUUCACGCCGCCGAAGAAAGAUGGGUGACGUCCCACGUUCACAAGCCGUGGAAAACUUGUGGAUAACGGAGGCAACUUAGAUUGAGAGAGUUGCCCUGCUGUGCCGAAAGGAUUCAAUAUAGUAAAUCACAUACCUGCAAUAGUGUAUGGCGGCAGUCCGUUGCCCACUAGCCUAGUACCGAGAGUCAGUGCUGAGACGCAGGCUCUCGAAUAUGUAAUUCUGGUACUAAUUUUUUACACAGCGUAAUCGGAGCGCAUGCAACGCUUGUGCAGUGACGCCUUGUCGUUUUUAUGCUGUGCCCCUUUAUCAGAAAGCGAUAGGUAUUAUGUCAAAAUAUAAAUGCAAGUGUGUCUCUGAAUUGUGUGCAGGUAGGAGUGUCUUUGCGUGGAGGAACGUGGAUUUGUGUUUGAGCGUAGGGCGUGCGUGUGUGCGUGCAUGCGUGCGUACGUGUAUGCAUGUAUGGAUGGUGGAUGCAUGUGAAGUUGAUGUUAUAUUAAAUUGCUACAAUUUGAAGGUCAAGACUGUGUACAAAUGUGUACAAAAUAGUAAUUGUGCAAAGAAUUAGGCUACAUAUUAAUAACUAUGUAUUGAUAUAUUGCAGCCCACUGACACACAAAAAGUAUUUUUUUCUCUCUCUCUCUCUCUCUCUCUCUUUCUCUCUCGCUCUCUUUCUCGCGUGCGCUCUCACUCUCUCACGCUCUCUCUUUCUCUCUCUCUCUCUCUCUUGUAUUUGUAUACAUGCAUUGAGCUAUAAUAAUAAUCUUGCUAUAAGGUAACAUGGACUUAUAAAGAGAUGAUAGGAGAUAGUGAACGUUUAUAAGAGCAAGAGAGAGAGAGAAAGAGGGGGGAUGAGGGUAUGAAAAUACAGAUUGUUGAUAGGUAAAAACUAUAUGUUAUUACUAUUAGGUAUGUAAUGUACCUACCCUGUGGGAAUGCACGUCAGUUAAACUUCAACCUAGUUCUCUAUACCGUUCUAGAAUGCAGAAAAACUCUUUGCAUUUUGUGUGCUUUCCAGUCUGCCUUUCUAGUGCACCUCAUUGAGAUAAGCUUUAAAAUAUCAAUGUCUUAUAAUAGAUAAUAGUGAAAUGGAGAGAGAGUGACAAGAUGUUCUUUGGUACGUUGUGUGCAAUGUGCAGAAAAAUUACACCUAAUUUUCUCAGAUUAACUUCGAGGUGCGAACUUAUUCAUACAAACUGAUGACAAGGCAGGUUGAAAUGGUCACCUUUCUGCAGUAGAUAUGUACACUUAGAUUAAUUACUUGGUUGCUAUGCCACGUUCGUUCCUAAUUUUUUCGUCCGCUUAAGAUUGCAUUGAGGAUAUCACCCGGUGCGUACUGUGUCACUUUUGCAGCAUUGCAAUUAAAGAGGUCUAUUCCUAGACCCUUGGGGAACUAGGCAGCGAAGCAAGUGUUGAUGCUACAGAUCUAGGGGGGGGGGGCAUUGUCAGCUGGGUAUCUGGCUGUCUGGCAAUGAUCAUCCGUAUUAGUGGUGGCUUGGGAAGAUUUGCUACCUAAUUACGUACUUGGUGUUGCAAAAUAAACUUUUUUAACCAUGUGGCAGUUGUACAAAAAUGUUAAGAUGUGUCGCUAUUUUUGUGAUUAUAAAGUAAUCUCCUAUGUUUUUGCUGCCAACUCAAUGUCUGGUAAGAUAAUAUAAAGGAAUCAUUGUACAGAAUUGCAAUUCAUUUGGCACACACACAACACAUAUAUAUAUAUAUAUACAUAUAUAUAUAUAUAUAUAUAUCUGCUGGUGAUUAUUAAAAGCAUACUGCUUUUUAAGUAAAGAAUGUGAAGUAAUUGGAUAGUGAGAGACGUGAGAAAAACGAAUCAUAUAUUCACAAGCAUAAAUGUUAAGGGGUUUCGGUUACAAACACUGUAGGCGUACGUUUGUUUCUGUAGAGUGGCCCUGUCAGUUAUUGAUGCUAUGUAUAGUGCAGGCUGGUCACACUGCUGGGGAGCUUAUACCGUUCUCGCUUGCGUAAAACUGGUAGUGUGUCGUUUGAGAUGUAAGUAGUGUUGUAAACUUGUAGCUGCGAUAAAAUGGAAUUCCGCUCUCACUCAAUAUGCGCUGGUCAUUGGCAACCGUGUUUGUUUUGCUGACAGUUUUGGUGUAGCGGUUUGCCUGUGGGCAGUCACCUACGUGGUAGUUCAUGUAGCAGUUGGCAUACAGGCAGUCGCAUACAGGGUAGUCGGUGUAGCAGUUGCAUGAAUUUGAUGCUUAAUUGGAGUCGACUACUAGGUUUGUAAACAUUAACAUCAUAAGUGACUAAUUCUAACAAGCUGGGAAUGGGGUUGCACAUUUACAUGAUAUUAUUGCACCUAGGUAGAGAACGUUGUAGUGCAUGUAACAGCUGAUAUCAAGCUAUUUUUCCAAUGUAAAGUAUCCUCUGUAAUAUUUAUUAAUUAAAGUGUUUUCACAAUAUGUAAAAA